ACCCCCUAGUCCCUUCACCAGCCUGGAGACACAGGAUGGAUAUUUUUCUCACCGUCCCAAGGAGAAAAUGAGGACAGAUAGCAAUAAUGAAAACUCCGUGCCAAAAGACUUUGAAAAUAUCGAUAACAGUAACUUUGCCCCAAGGACUCAGAGGCAGAAGCACCAGCCAGACCUGGGAAGGAAGUCACUCAGUAAGCAGAAGGAACAUUUGAAGAAGAAACUAGAGCAGGAGGAAAAAGUAAAGGAGAAUUCACUCCUGGGAAAAGGCUCUAAUGAAGCCUUGCAGUAUAGCAAUCAAGCUGCCCAGAACAGUAGUACCACGAAGGCAAGCCCUAAGUCCUCCAAGCAACCCCAUACCAGGAAGAAUGGGGCCAGCUCCCCUGAACUCAAAUAUGACCAGAUGCCAAGGUGUGACAUCUCUGGCAAGGAGGCCAUCUCAGCUCUGUCCCGGUCUAAAUCCAAACAAUGUCGCCAGGAAAUUGCCGAGAUAUAUUGCCAACACAAGGUGGGGAAGCUAAUGCCAGAGAAAGUGACCCGCUUCUGUCCCCUUGAAGGCAAAGCCAACAACAAUGUGCGGUGGGAUGAGGACUCCGUGGAGUACAUGCCUGCCAACCCUGUCAGGAUCGCCUUUGUCUUGGUGGUACAUGGCCGGGCAUCUCGGCAGCUCCAACGCAUGUUUAAGGCUAUUUACCAUAAGGACCAUUUUUAUUAUAUUCAUGUUGACAAGAGGUCCAAUUAUCUGCAUCGACAAGUGCUCCAGUUUGCUGGCCAGUACCAAAAUGUGCGUGUGACCUCCUGGAGAAUGGCUACCAUCUGGGGAGGUGCCAGUCUUUUGUCCACCUACCUCCAGAGCAUGAGGGACUUAACAGAGAUGACAGAUUGGCCAUGGGACUUCUUCAUUAAUCUCAGUGCUGCUGACUAUCCCAUCAGAACGAACGAUCAGUUGGUGGCAUUUCUCUCUCGAUACCGGGACAUGAACUUCUUGAAAUCACAUGGCAGAGACAAUGCAAGGUUUAUACGGAAACAAGGACUGGACCGCCUCUUCUUAGAGUGUGAUACUCACAUGUGGCGCUUGGGUGACCGGAAGAUCCCUCAAGGCAUCACAGUAGAUGGAGGCUCUGAUUGGUUCCUACUGAACCGAAAGUUUGUGGAAUAUGUGACCUUCUCCAAUGAUGACCUGGUGACCAAGAUGAAGCAGUUCUACUCUUACACCUUGCUUCCUGCCGAGUCCUUCUUCCACACCGUCCUGGAAAAUAGCCCCCACUGUGACACCAUGGUGGACAACAACCUGCGCAUCACCAAUUGGAACCGGAAGCUGGGUUGCAAAUGCCAGUACAAGCAUAUCGUGGACUGGUGUGGCUGUUCCCCCAAUGACUUCAAGCCAGCAGAUUUCCAUCGCUUCCAGCAAACUGCCCGACCGACGUUCUUUGCACGUAAAUUUGAGGCUGUGGUGAAUCAAGAAAUAAUUGGCCAGCUGGACUAUUACCUUUAUGGGAAUUAUCCCUCGGGCACCCCAGGUCUGCGGUCCUACUGGGAGAAUGUCUAUGAUGAACCUGAUGGGAUCCACAGUAUCAGUGAUGUGGCAUUGACCAUGUACCACUCAUUUACCCGCCUGGGCCUCCGGAGAGCUGAGACAUCUUUACACACCAAUGGCGAGAAUAGCUGCAGGUACUAUCCAAUGGGUCAUCCAGUGUCUGUUCAUCUGUACUUCCUUGCUGACCGUUUCCAAGGCUUCCUAAUCAAACACCAUGCAACAAAUCUAGCUGUGAGCAAACUGGAGACCCUGGAAACAUGGGUUAUGCCAAAGAAAGUCUUUAAGAUUGCCAACCCACCCAGUGAUUUUGGGAGACUUCAGUUUUCAGAGAUCGGCACUGACUGGGAUGCCAAGGAGAGGAUAUUCCGCAACUUUGGAGGACUCCUCGGGCCAAUGGAUGAACCAGUAGGGAUGCAGAAAUGGGGGAAAGGGCCCAAUGUGACAGUGACAGUCAUUUGGGUUGAUCCUGUCAAUGUCAUUGCAGCCACCUAUGACAUCUUGAUUGAGUCCAGUGCUGAGUUCACACAUUACAAACCACCUUUGAACUUGCCCCUUCGGCCUGGAGUUUGGACUGUCAAAAUUCUGCAUCACUGGGUGCCAGUUGCUGAAACCAAAUUCCUUGUUACUCCUCUGACCUUCUCUAACAAACAACCUAUUAAGCCAGAUGAGUCCUUGAAGCUACACAAUGGACCUCCUCAUAAUGCCUAUAUGGAACAGAGCUUUCAGGGCCUGAACCCAGUCCUCAAUAUCCCUAUCAACUUAGCCCAUGUGGAGCAAGCCCGGAGGAAUGCAGCCACCACUGGCCCAAAGUUGGAGAGCUGGGUGGACUCGUUAGUUGGAGGAGUCUGGUCUGCAGUGGAUAUCUGUGCCAUUGGGCCCACCGCCUGCCCCGUAAUGCAAACAUGCAGCCAAACUUCCUGGAGUUCCUUGAGCUCAGACCCCAAGUCUGAGCUUGGGGCCAUUAAACCCGAUGGUCGGCUGAGGUAGCAUCUGGUCGUGCUGUAGAAUUUAAAAGGGAAUUUUCACCCUGAGUACAGGGGAUUCUGAAACCUCUCUCACCCCCAGCCCUCUACCAACCAGUAGUUCCCAGGUGGGAACUUUUAUAUUCACAAUCAGUGUGAGGUCUAGAGUUUAAGAACUAAAGUUGGAGCCUGGCAUUGUUCUCCCUGCCAAUAAGCUCUGGAGAUUGGUAGAUUGCCCCACCCUGGUCCUAACAUCUUACAUUUUUUUUUCCUCAUUUGCUUCUUUAAAGCUAUUCUCCUUGGCCAGAUAUCUAGAUAGACUUUGGAUUCAGUCUUUUGUCUGAUCCCAAAGGACUUGGGAAUUUAAAGCAGCUGAUAAAAAUGUUCACUCCUCUGACAACCAAAAAGCCCGUAUGGGUAUUCAUCAAAUCCAUCAGUAUCACCCAGAAUGCUUAGAGGGGAAAAAAAGCCCAAAGUGAUUUCCCAGGGGUUGAGGGUUCUCUACCACCCAUUUAAUAGAUGGGCUUUUUUUCUUUAUAGCUCAGAUGGGCAGGAAAUGAUACUUGCCAUAUUUAUUUUACAAUGAUGGCCACACUUCCGUACAAGCAGAGCAGAUACUUGGUGCAUUCACAGGUGAAAAUUUGAGGGUUUCAAUCCUAUUAGCUGUCUAUGGCCAUAGGCAGAUGGAUGUCAGAAGCUGGAACAAUAGCAAUGGUUCAAAUAGUUACCUCAUGCAGUCUCUCAGAUAUUUCAAGCGAUACUUGCUUGAAUCUCUGAAGAAUGGGAAUUUGACAUGUGCAGCUUGUUUGAGAUGAAUGAGACACUGGACAGAAUAAAGUCCCUUGACUAAAAAUCAGAACAAUGCCAGACACCUGCAAGGGUUCUUCCAUUUUCAAGGCCAAACCUUGCCAGGUGCAUGAUCGGUGCUUAUUAUGUGUGACCAAAUUGCAUGACCUAAACUUUUUGACCCAGAAUAUUUUGAAAGUCCUUUUCCAACCAAGUUUUUAAAGAUAUCUGCUUUCUUACAUGCAAUGCCAAAUGGAAUACCUUACAUAGAUCGUGAAGGAUAAGAUUGGAGUUUGGAUCUUCAUUUAUUUGGAGGUAUUUUUUUUUAAGUUUCUAAUUACUUGAGUUGCCAGAAAGGUCAAGAUUUUCCUUCAGUUCAACAAAGUGAAUGUCUGUGACAAUCAAGGCAAGGAACUAUCCCAUCGAGUGGCCUUCCCAUUCGGACUGGAGAGGAGUAAGCCAUUAGGGUGACACCUCCAUCAUCCUCUACCACUCCCUGAGGGGAAAUUCCCUUUUAAAAACUGCACACUUGGUUGCAAAAAUGACCUAAACAGAGCACCCAGCCCUUGUUCUGUUUCUCUCCACAGUGUUGGUUUGAAGCUGCUGAAGUUUGCUUUGGACUUGAAAUAGUGAGGUCAGCUGUGCUGAUGUUAUGUCAAGAGCAUUAAAUGUUGUAUGGAGCCAGGGAUGCAAACAAGGACGCAUAGAAGGAACACUUUAGAUAUUUAUUAUUUAUAUGUUUUAGUCAAUGACUAAUUAGUAGGUGCUGUUUUUUGCAGCUUGACAAUUAUGUUAUCUUACUAACUAAAGCUGCCUUUAUUCACAAAAGGCUCCCCACUCUUUGUCAGCCCCAUCCCACUCCCAAGACACAUACUCUUCUUUUUUUGCUCAGUUUUCUCAAUUUGUGACUGUUGCUGGCCUGAGGGUGUCAGGAACACUUGGUGUGUUUCCACCCAUAUUGUCAGCAGGAGACAGAUUCAUUCUCUCCCAUAUCAACAGUAGGCUGAUGCCCUCGAAAAUGUUCUCCUAGCCAGCCCCUAGUGAAAGCAGUAGGUCCUCCCAAUCCAAGCCCACAGUGAAAGCAGUAGGUCCUCCCAAUCCAAGCCCAUAGGGCUCUGGACCUGAGUCCUCUGUACUCUGUGUCUUGUAGCUUCUCCCCAAAGCCAGGGAGGCGCCUAGAGACUGCAGCUCAUCCAUUCUGGACCUUUCUUUCCCUUUCAAACCUUGCAUUAUGGAUCAUUCUUAUCUCCUGUCCAUUUGCUGAUGAAUAUCGUCCAGCAAAUCUCACUUCUAGAGCCCAGAUUUGAAGUGAGAUGACAGGAAAAUGGUGUAAGAAGGUUAGUUUAUCCUAUGUGUGAGGCUGACUGGACAAAAUUGAAUUGUUUAUAUGGAAAUACUUCAGUGAUUCCUUGGUCACUGAAACAAAGGGGCUUUCAGAAACCUUAGGGCUCAGUUUCACAGAAGUCCCAUAUUGCUUAUGUAUCAAUACAUAAUCAAUUGUGCAGGAGGUUAAAAACUUCAAAACCAAGAUACUUUUCUACACACAGUUUCUCUGUGGAAAUAUGACAGCAAGGGCUUUACUGAACAUUCUGGUUUUUAAAGCAGCAAAAAUAACAAAAUUUUUCUACAACCUUUCUUUCAAUCAGCCCGCUCAGUAUCUGUAUACAAUUGUAACAGUAUUAUUUGUGGUGACUUUUAGGCCUGAGCCUGAUUGUAUCAAAGUGGUUGAUAUCAGCCUACAAUCACCCAGAAGUUGUACCUAUUAAGUUCAAUGACAUUUCUGACUUUUAAAAUCCUGGAAUGAGUGGAGAAACCCCAGAGUUAGUUCUGGGACAGUCCAAGCUGUGAAUUUCUUUUUCUAACUUAACUCCCCAUACAUCCUGCUGUAGGAAAGUAGGUUGGGAUGUGGAACACCCAUUGGGGUUUUUACAUUUUGGGACCAGAGAAUAUAUCUUUGUAGAUGUUACAUUUGGUAAAAAGGAGAAUUCUAAAUGAGAGCCCAAUUGCACCAAGACUUCAUGAUAGCAUUUUUCCAAAUGAGAACAUUCAGCCUGUUUCCUCACUCCUACUCAGAGACUGAUUUGAUUAUUUUGAGAACCCUUUGGAAAAGCCACAUUUCUUUGGGCACAAGGUUUUGUUUACUUUGGUAUUGUUUGCCCUGGAAUCUAAACUUUCAAUGCAGAGCAGGGUGUCUGGGGUAAUUACUGGUCAUAACAAGGCUGAAGAGAUGGUUUAUCAAGUCAAAGAAUAGGGUGGGGGUAGGGUUGAGGAGUGAAGGAAUCUAAGCUUGCCUCCAUACACACAUAUUGUUAGAUGGCCCCUUGGACAAAUUUUUACUAACCCUCUUAGUCCAGUUUAGACAGAAGGAAAUCCCCAAGCAAGUUGUGCCUUCCACCCCUUGCUUCCUAUUUUUGGACCUUUAAUCCAGAAUUCAUCCCAGUGAUCUGCAAGCAUGUGGACAGAAUAGCUCUAGUCACAUCAAAGAGAAGGGAAAUAACUCAGUGUGGUUUUUCAAAUUGUAAUGAGCCCUCCUCCAGGAAAGCACAGCCUUAAUUGGCCAGAGAGGCUUUUAUUUGAAACAGUAGAUUGAGACUUGAGUGUGAACCAUGGAAUGUUAAAGCCAACAUGCAAGAUACAGGACACAAGGAAAGGAAGUGUGUAAAAGCAGCUCAGUGAGAGGAGGAGGCUCCACCCAAGUCCCACAUUAGCACAUACUUGUGAAUUGUGAGCUAGUGCCCUUGGAUACUGGCUUUAUGAUGCAAAUGAGCCCUGUGGUUGUAUGAAGGCUUUCAUAAAUCAGCCCAGGAGUGCCUGGCCAAGAACACCUACCAGAGGAACCAAAAAACAGUAUUUGGGGAUACCCACCCUUUCUCCCAGACUCUGUUCCUAUGAAGGUCGAAACAAGUUGAAAUAGAAUUAGAAUUAGAUACUAUUGCUUUAAGAACAUUAAAAAAAAUUUUUUUUAAACUUAUUCCCUUUGAAGAUAUAACCAAGAUUACAAUUUUAGGUUUUUGUUUUUAGUCUGGACCUGAGGUUUUAUUUGGUAUAGGAAACUGAAAGUGGAAAAACUCCCUUUAUCCCUUUAUCUUCUGUACCUUAUAGUCUUAAGGGAGUACAAAAGGUAGCAACUUACCCAGGGUCACUUUUCUAGUAUGUAUCAGAGCAGGGCUUGAACCCAGGUCCUCUUAACUCCAAGGCCAGCUCUCUAUCCGCUAUGGGACACUACCAUCCCCAAAUUCUGAAUCUAUUUUUCCUUUGGCUUCAUGAUACUGGGAAAGGGACAGAUAUGGUCCUCUAAUAGCCACCCAAAGGUAACCAGCAUUUAUUCCCGGUGAACAUUUGCAGCUAUGCUGACUGGUGGAAGGCAGUAUUCCAUAUGCGCUAUCAAAGAGUUGUCAGUGUUGUCCAGAGCACCACUUGUGCUAUUCUGGCUGCCCGUAAAUCAGUCAUGUAUCCACAUUCAUAAGAAUUUGCUGCUAAACAGAAAAGCCUCACAGAUCACAGCAUUUAAAAAAAAAUAGCAAGUAGCAACAAAGAAAGGAAAUAUUAGGAAAGAAGCAAAUAAUGAUUUUACCCCUCCUAGGACUUAGGAGACUUCUUGUACACAUAUACACACAUGUAGAUAUGUGUAUGUACAUCUAUUGUAUACAUGCAUAGAUAUAUGAAUAUGUAUAUAUACUACCCAUCUUAAACACACCAUUGUGUUCAUUCCAGUAGACAGUUUCUUCUAAAAAGAGAAAGGGGGAAAAAAAGAUAGUUAACAUCAGUUCCCAUUCCAACUGCCAGUGUUGUUGCUUAUUGUACUUCAUGGCCUUGGUGGGAAAUGAUUCAAGAUAUACCCCCUCCCCAAAUUAUUCCCCUGAAUGAUUUGCUCCAGCCCAUAAAUUUGGAAAAAAAGAUAAGGAGUUUACCUCUGUUGAGUGCUGGCUGAGAGGCAAGAGCAUGGUGGAUAAAGGACCUUCCUUGGAGCCAUGAAGACCUGGUUUCAAAUCCUCCCUCAGAUACCACCUAUCUGUGCCACUAAGAGCAAGUGACUUAACCUCUCAGUAUUUCUCUCUAAAACUCUGAGUUGGUGGUCUGUACCAAUGAAGGGAUUUUCCAUGCCAAUGGUUUUUAAUAUGGAUGAAAUCACAGGUCCAGAUUACACUAUACCCUCAUCUGCCACCACCUCCCCCCCCCACACACACACAAACACACACACACACACAUACCAACCAUACACUAAAGUCAUUGGCUAUCUUUUUGGAAAUGGAGCCAAUUACAAUUAUGAAAAACAACUGUUGAACAGCAGAGAUUCCCAACCCCUGUCUCUUAUCCACUUUUAUUGUCCAGUUAUGAGACAGAGAGUUCACAGGAUUUGAACAUCUUCAACCAUCAGCAGCCAUUGCUGCUAUAUAUCCUACCUAGAAUCCUCCAGCCCACUUGGCUGAGGAUUUCUUGUCUCAAACAACUUUAAAAUGAAAGAAAAGCGUCCAAAGUUACCAGGACAAAAAAGAUAGGGUAUUAGACAAACUCAUAAAACUCCUCCAGCCCCAACAGCAGAGACUCCUGAAACAGGUUUUAUCUAGCAUAGACAUUCCAAUCUGUGGUGUCCACCUAGUGGCAAAAGUAUUCAGGCCUUUUUUCACUUCUUGGCUUGCUACUGUCCAACAACAGCCAAGACAGUAGAAACUAGGGCUGCCCUCUUGUUCACACACAGCUGGCUAGUCUAGCUCAAUCAUCUGUUUUUUUGCUUCUGCCUCAGUUACCUUAUUUUGCCCAUGAGUUCUACCACAGGUGCUACCUCACAGUGUCUGCUAAGAAGUUUACCUGAGGGAGGGGGGAGAAAAAGAUAUCCGAAAUCUCCUUGAGCUGAAUGUACAAUCUAUGCAAAUUCUCUCUGUUUCUCACUGUCAAACACUUCAAAGUAUUACAUAUAACCUUGCCUAACUAACAGCAAGAUCCUGUACAGGUUCCUCUGAUGACAGAGUACCAAUUUUCAGCGCGGUUAAAUGCGCCCCAGUUUGUAUAUUGUUAACGAGUUGUCUUUGGUUCUGUUGUUGCAAAGCCCCUUGAGGGAGACUGGGCCUCUCUGUCUGCAAUGAGUCCCUUCCUCUUGGCUGGGAAUAUUUGGAUUGCUAAUGUCUCCCCCAUUCCAUAGAGGUCUCUCUGCACCUGAAGAGCCCCUCUCCCCCUUCAAAAGGAAGGCCUAUGGCCUCACUGACUCCAAUCCCCUUCCCACUUCUUCAGAGCAUAUCAUUUUCCAUCUCACAACACAAUAAAGCCUUAGGUUCCUCCUUUUUGAAAUGUGGCCUUAAAAUCAUGUUGGAAAUGUGGAUGUUGUCUUACUCUUCAGAUUUUCGCCAACAUCACAGAAAGCACCUUGAGAUUGCUGCUAUCCCUCCUACUGGGGAACCCAUCAAUUUACAGUUUCACAGAUAUAAUGGAAAUUGCUUAUAAAUUCAGUCUUAAAGAAAAAUGACCUUAUAUUGUUCCUGCGGGCAAAAUAAAGGUUUGGAUGCUCUUAUAAACCAUAGCAUACUCUGGAAGUACUCUCUUACAGCAUAUUGUAGCUGUAACGGGUUGACUUAAUUACCUAAAAAGUGCUAACAUUGAGCUUUUCCUUUUUACCCCUUAAAAACAUGGUAACUUUAUGAACUUCACUCAAGGGUAAAUCAGCAUCUCUGUUGUUUAUCCUUUUGCCCUUGUUGAGUAUCAUUGGCUUGAGAAAGAUUGCACUAAAUAUUCCCAGCUGAUCUUAGAGGUGCCACCCUCUCAAUCCCUCUAGCCUCCAACCUCUUUUGUUUUGAUUCCUCACCAUCUGAUCCAGCCCAAAGACAACAGAAAAUAAGAUUUUCAUAGUAAACUCAUUGGCUUUGAAUGGAAUAGUCUUUCUAGUUCUUCCUGUCUUUUUUGUUGUUGUUGUUGUUAUUGUUGGUUUGUUGGGGUGUUUGUUAAUGGCCUCAUCAUAAGUUAUUACUGUCCCCUCAUUUUUCAGAGACAGGUGGUGAUAUAGUUUUAAAAAAUAACUAUUUUGUUAUAGAUCAUAAUAUGCAUAAAACUGUACAGAAAUAUUUUGUAAUCUAUUGAUUUUAAAAGAGAGAACAUGUAAAUAUAGUAAAGUUAAAUAAUAAAAAAAAAAGAAUUCCAAUGGCACACAUUGAAAGAUGUAGAUAUUUUGCUAUUUAUUUAAAGGAUUAUUUUAUGAGAUACUAAACUAUCUGAAAUUGACCAGUAAUCCAAGUUUCAAAAAAUCCAAAUGCUUUUUUCAUGUUGUAGAAUGUGAUCUCCAGCAAUCAUUGCACUACCCAUUUUUGCACCCUUCUGUCUUUCAUUUAGCAGAACAACAACAAAAAAAAAAUUGUGCCUUAGCUGUAUUUUCUGUCUAGGGGAGUUUGUUUUUUGUCUGACAAUGCGAGAUUUUUUGCAGAAAACAGUGGAUGUAUUAAAUACUGUAUCAUACCAAAAACACCACAGGUGUAUAUAAAUGCUUUCUGUCAUACUGUGUUUUCAGAAGCAGAAUUUUAAAAUUAAAAAAAAAAAGCUAUCUUUGUGGAAUGGUGUCAGUGUGAC